GUGGGCGGGGCGCUUUACACGGAAGCCAGCGGCGUCCGGUUCCAUCCUCCUCUGGGAGCAGGCAGUAGGCGAACCAGUCUUGACCCGCGCCGCUCCAUCCCGAGCCCGCGCACUCUCAGAGGGUAUCUAGACAGAUUGAAGCCAUGGCCAUUCUUUUUGCUGUUGUUGCCAGGGGAACCACUAUCCUUGCCAAACAUGCUUGGUGUGGAGGAAACUUCCUGGAGGUGACAGAGCAGAUUCUGGCUAAGAUACCUUCUGAAAAUAACAAACUAACGUACUCACACGGCAAUUAUUUGUUUCAUUACAUCUGCCAAGACAGGAUUGUGUAUCUUUGUAUCACUGAUGAUGACUUUGAACGUUCCCGAGCCUUUAAUUUUCUGAAUGAGAUAAAGAAGAGGUUCCAGACUACCUAUGGUUCAAGAGCACAGACAGCACUCCCCUACGCCAUGAAUAGUGAGUUCUCAAGUGUCUUGGCUGCACAGCUGAAGCAUCAUUCCGAGAAUAAGGGCCUAGACAAAGUGAUGGAGACUCAAGCCCAAGUGGAUGAACUGAAAGGAAUCAUGGUCAGAAACAUAGAUCUGGUAGCUCAGCGAGGAGAAAGAUUGGAAUUAUUGAUAGAUAAAACAGAAAAUCUCGUGGAUUCUUCUGUCACCUUCAAAACAACCAGCAGAAAUCUUGCCCGAGCCAUGUGUAUGAAGAAUCUCAAGCUCACUAUCAUCAUCAUCAUCGUAUCAAUUGUGUUCAUCUAUAUCAUUGUGUCACCUCUCUGUGGUGGAUUUACAUGGCCAAGCUGUGUGAAGAAAUAAAAAAGCAAAAGUUGUCGUUAACCAAGGGUAUCAGAGAACAAGGAGUUAAAAGCAGUCCAUGUGAUUCAAGCCUUUUAAUACUGACAGAUGGUGUCUGUCAGUCUCUUCAACCCUCUUCUUGCUUUUUCUUUUUUUUAAUCUUGUUCUAUGCCUCCAGAUUUAUCUUUGUCCUAUCUACCAAUUUAUUCCUGUGCACUUCAGAUUGAACCAUUUAUUGCAGCAGUAGCCUUAAAAAGGCUUUUUAUUUCUUUGGUUCAUUAACUAGCGUCAUCUACUUAGAGAAACAUUUUCGUUUGUAAUUGCAGAAAGCUGAUACCAAGGGGGAAACCACCAGUCUUAUGAGCUGUCUACUGAAACUGUGGGUGAAGUUUGUAUGUGCACACAAAAGUAUUUAAGAGACAUAUAGUAUUGCUAACAUCUCAUUUUAAUGUCUUUUGUUAUUGAAGAGUUUUAGGUGCUUGAAAAUAAUAUAAAUGGAGAAUUGUUAUUUGGGGAAUUGUAAUUAAAUUGUUGAUGCUGCUUGUUUCUAGGAACCCAAGCAAGUAGAGUAUUAAACAUUUUAUCUCAGUCAUAUGGAGAACAUUUUGCUAGCCCAUUAGAAGCACAUGGAAUUAUCCUUGUCUUCCUAGUAUUCACUUUCGGGAAGAAAGUUUGACCAUUUACAAACCUCAUAGUGCUUGAUAUUCUGUUUCCCAAUUGCAGUUGAUUUGAGAAUAUGAUGGUUUAAAUAUCGUUGAAGGUUGUGGUUUUCUAUAUGUUCCUUUUUCUGUAGUGGAUAUUUAGGGCAAAUAUGUAGUUAAUAGAAGGGGUCGUAGAGGGAAUGGGGAAGCAAAUUCCUCUGACUCACCAGAGAAAAAGAAGAGAACCACAGUGGAUGUGCUAGCAUUCUAGCUGUAUGAAGGGAGGUCAUGUGGGAAAUUUUUUUAAGUCCGAGAAAAGCCCAAGCUGAGUAUAGUCAACAGUCAACUCCAAGGUUUGGGUUUGACUCUGAUGAAUAAUAAUUUGAACAUCUUUUGUGGUUUAAUAAGAUCUUUAAUCUGCCUAGUUUUGAAGAAUUCUUUUGUGAAACUUCAGCAUUGACGUUAUGAUGUAUGGAAACAAUACAAGACAGUUUAACAUCCAUUUAACUGGAGUGUGAAAACUGGAGUGUAAUCAUACUGCUUCAGCUACUCUGACAUCUGUUAGCUAGUAUGUACUUUUGGUGUGUAUCUGAAAGGACAUUUGCUGCCCUAGAUAUAACUGCAUUUAUUUAUCAGUAAAUGCCAGUAAAUGGAAAUUUUUUUACAUGUGACUGUUUUCCCAAUGAAAGAACAAAUUAGUCUAUAAACCCUAGCCACCUGUUUAGCCUAGUCAUGUGCCUUGAAUAUAUAUGUGUCACAUAAUCUUCCUCAUGCUACCUGUUCUUCCAUCUAAAUCUUUUGAAUCAUGCUGAUUCAUUUAUUUCACAUAUUUUAGGCUCACUGGAACUAUUCCUGGUAAUCAUGCAUAACACAACUGUUUUUCCAGUUUUUCCAGUCUUGUUUAUCAACACUAAUGCCUUUUAAUUACAUCACCAUUUCCUAUUGGAAAACACGUUUGUUCCAGGAAAACAUUUAGCAUUCCUGAAUAAUAAUUUCCAAAUGUCUUUAAUCCAAAGAGAAAGACUUAAAGCUUAUUUCCCUUUCUUAUACACACCGGAAUAAAAAUGAUGUGCAUGUUUUAGGGAUAAAUUAUGUAACUGUCCCUUGGUCUAUUUAUGUAUAAGAAUGCUUUUUUAAAGCACAUAUCUUGUUUUAAAUGAUGCAUUAAUAAAAUUUAAAAGUAAUACAA